AUGAUAAAUCUAGGCCUACAACGCAUCACAGCCCUCGUGCAACCGCUCUUCGCGGCUCACCCGGCGUCACUCCCUUGGAAAGCGAUCCACGUCGCCGGCACCAACGGCAAAGGCAGCGUUGCCGCUUUGUUGUCCACGUUCCUCUCUCGGUCGGGGUACUCGGUGGGCCGGUUCACCUCCCCUCACCUCAUCGACCGGUGGGACUGCAUCACCCUGGACCAGCGAGUGGUGGACCGCGAUUUGUUUUUGAACGUGGAAAGGGAGGUGCGCGCGAGGAGUCACACAGACCAGAUCGGAGCGUCCGACUUUGAGAUCCUCACGGCCACGGCGUUUGAACUGUUUACGCGCGGCGCCGUCGACGUGGCUGUCGUCGAGUGCGGGCUCGGCGGGCGACUCGACGCCACCAACGUCCUGAGGAACCAGGACGUGCUGAUCAGUGUCCUGGCCAAGGUCGGCCUGGACCAUACGGACCUUCUGGGGGACACGAUCGAAAAAAUCACCUGGGAGAAGGCGGGGAUUUUCAAGCCUGGCGGUGUCCCAGUGGUGGUCGACGCGAGUAAUGACGCCCAAGUCCUGCGGGUGGUGCGGGCGAGGUUGGAACAAUUGGGCACGACGCAAGGUGUGGCCGUACUCGAUGAGGCCCAUGUGGGCUUACUCUCGGGAGGGAUCGAAAAAAUGAACCAACUCCGUGGGAGGGCGUUGGCGAAGCAUCAGGAACAGAAUCUGACGACGGCUUGGACGGCAUAUACCCUUGCUGAGCGAAGGUUACGAGAAUUGAAACCUCUCACAAGAAAAGUGAGCGGUGUUAAUACUACGGGUCAACACGUCGGUGACAGUGGUGACUGGGUACAAAAUGUGAAACAGAGGGCAGAAGAAUUACCACAGUUGGUGACGACAGCUCACAAUUCAUUACGAGGACGUCUCGAAUGGCUCGAAAUCCCCGACCACUUGUUGGUCCAUGAUGAUGAAGAAACAUCGAACAAAAAGACGACCGCGAGCAAGAUGACAAGACAUCAGCACAACAUGGUCCUGAUCGACGGCGCUCACAACCCACAAUCCGUUCACGCUCUAGCGGCCUAUGUCGACGACACUGUUCGGCCGCGCAGCCCAAACCAAAAAAUGACUUGGGUCCUCGCGGCCAAGAGUGACAAGGACGUCGCGGCCAUCAUGUCAAUCUUGCUCAGGCCGGGAGACAACGUCGUGACUUGUUCCUUUGGGCCCGUCGACGGUAUGCCAUGGGUCAAGAGUAUGGCUUCCCGUGAUUUGCUCCAGGUCGCAAAACGGACAAUCUCCCACACACCAUCUGUCGCAGAAGCCGCACGGGAUGGCAACGUCAAGGAAGCUCUGGUCAGAGCACUAAAGAUUGCCGGCCACGAUGGUAGUACGGUUUGUGUCGCGGGGAGUUUGUACCUCGUGGGUGAUGUGUUACGGUUAGUUAGAGAUGGUUAAGGUACCAAAGUCACGG